UAAAUAUCACUAGAAAACGACUUGGUCAAAACAGCCGGUUAACAUAACUAACAUAGAAUUAUAAACAUUAUUUCUUUUAAUUCUCAAGUUUCAUAGAGAACGCCGAACUGUUGUACUCUGACCAUCUCUUCAGUAUUAUAUUAUUCUUGUUAUUUGUUUUCCGGGGGAAGUAAAACGUAGUUGCACCCAAUUCACGCAUGGAUGUCUUGUGAUUCGGAGCUUUUUCUAAAUCUCCAAUGUUUACAAUUCAAAGGAUGUUUGUUUGGUAAACGUUACAAUGUUAGUCAAAUUAAAUAUGAACCAGUAGCCACCAAUUUUAAUAGAACUUUUUUUUUUCGUGAGUUCAUUGUCAUUUAAUUAUAUGAUUCUUUUGUUGUUUUUGCUGUGAACACAGUGAUCAGCUAUGUCUCAAGAGAGUCUGCAUGGGAAAUGGACUGUCUCAAGCAGUGACGAGGAGGACCCUGCUCCUCUGAGUCUACAGCCUUUGAAAAAAGAGGAGCACCCUGACAAAGACAGAGCUACAAGUCAUGGGAAACAGACAACAUUGUUUAAUGAGAAGCAGGUACCUGGACGCUCUCCAAAGACAGAUAAAAACAGGUCUUACAUGGAAAGUGGACAUAAUAAGCCAACGGUUUCUGCAAAGACUUAUACUAACUUUUUAGGUUCCAGAUCUGAGGAAAGAAAGAACGCACCUGCCAGUGAACAAAAACCUCUUUCAUUUAUGACUUCAAGAGAUUCUGGAACGACCACGCCCGUUGUCAAAAGAAAGAAAGAGAGCGAAGACUCUGGCUGGUGUCUCUCCAGCAGUGAUGAGGAGACAGAGUCUGAACAUGCAGGUAAAAGAGCCACUCGGCGGCAGAGUCCAAGUCCCAAGAGAAGGAAAUCCGAAGCAGAGAGGCGUUCCCCAAGCCCAGGGGACUCGCAGCAGCUGGAUGAAUCUUUCAGCUCCUGGGAUUUGCUGGAAGGAGGGGAACCUUUCAGAUUUUAUCUGAAUAAAGUCACUGGCAUAUCAAACAGGUACAAUGCUGGGGCUCUCAAUAUUAAAGACAUUCUGUCGCCUUUCUUUGGGACACUCAAAGCAUCUGUUCAGUUUAAUUACUGCUUUGAUGUGAAAUGGCUGGUAAAACAGUAUCCACCUGAGUUCAGGUCAAAACCUCUGUUGAUUGUCCAUGGGGAGAAACGGGAGUCAAAAGUUCGACUGCAUAAGGAAGCUCAUCCUUAUGAACACGUGCGUCUCUGUCAGGCAAAGUUAGAUAUAGCAUUUGGGACUCAUCAUACGAAGAUGAUGUUGCUAUUAUAUGAGGAAGGUUUUCGAGUUGUAAUUCAUACAUCAAACCUCAUCCACGAUGACUGGUAUCAGAAAACACAAGGGAUAUGGCUGAGUCCACUAUAUCCCAAGUUACCAGAAGGAAGCUCUGACACAGCUGGGGAAUCCUGUACAAACUUCAAACACGACCUGAUUGAGUACCUUGCAUCGUACCGCUCUCCUACCCUGAAUGAGUGGAUAAAUCAUAUUAAGGAGUAUGAUUUAUCUGAAACUAGGGUUUACCUUAUUGGGUCAAGUCCAGGGCGAUACCAAGGCGCUCAGAAAGAGAAGUGGGGACACCUCAAACUCAGGAAGCUGUUAAGCGAACAUGCAUCAUCAGAUUCUGGUGAGGAGACCUGGCCUGUUAUUGGUCAGUAUUCCAGUAUUGGAUCACUGGGGGCAGAUAAAACCAAGUGGUUAACUUCAGAAUUUCAGCAGACUCUCACGACUCUUCAAAAAGGGGUUAAAUUUCCACCCAACCACGAGAUCCCACUUCACUUGAUAUAUCCAACGGUGGAGAAUGUCAGAACAAGUUUGCAAGGUUAUCCAGCUGGUGGCUCGUUACCGUACAGUAUACAGACAGCACAGAAACAACUCUGGCUUCAUUCAUACUUCCAUAAAUGGUCAGCUGAUGUGACAGGAAGAACCCAUGCCAUGCCACAUAUAAAGACCUACACCAGGAUCUCUCCACACUUUAAAGAACUCGCUUGGUUUAUUGUGACUAGUGCAAAUCUGUCGAAGGCUGCCUGGGGUUCUAUGGAGAAAAACAACACCCAGCUAAUGAUUCGUUCAUAUGAACUGGGUGUUCUCUUCCUGCCUUCUGCAUUUAAUAUGAAAACCUUCACAGUUCAGAAAAAUCAAUUUUCAGGCAGCAAGAACUCAGCCAUGUCUUUUCCUGUUCCGUUUGAUGUGCCCCCUGAGCGCUAUAGUGGCAAAGAUAAACCCUGGAUUUGGAACAUCCCAUACACCUACGGUCCAGAUACACAUGGGAACAUCUGGGUUCCUUCAUAAAUCACUUGCUUCACAUGCAACACCACUUGUGCUUUGCAUCCAACGCUCUCUGAACCAACGAGAAAUGGAAGACUGGGUUGAGGAGUACCGAACCGUUCAUUCAAGUGAUUUGCGUUACUGGUGCUGUAAAAAGAAAUAAAUCAAUAAAUACAUUAAUACAAUGAAUGAAUCAUUGUCACAGCGUUGUAUAUUAAGUAUAUAGGUUAUACUGUAAUUAUACAAUUACUAUACAGCACAUCCUAUUUCAGUAUUGGUUGUUGUUUUUUAAUAAUGUGCAAAAAAAAAAAAAAAAAAACAUACGUUGUUAUUUUGUAUAAUUGUCAUUUGGCAUGCCUUUUCUAAUUUUCUUGUGGUUUGUAAAUAAUGUAUUUCAUUGAGAUC